AGGCUUGCGUUACUAACCCACGGAAGGUUCGUUUUCGGUUAGGACUAACUUCGAUUCUUCCACAUUCUUGUACGGAUUCUAAUCGGCCAAGAGCGAGUGAGUCAAUCUUGGAACAUGUCUUCUGAGAAACCUGGCGCUGGAUAUAACUACAUGACCGAGGAACAGGGGGCUGCAGUCCCCCCUCCUUAUGGUAUGCAACCCGCCCAACCAGGGUACCCUCCCGCCCAACCAGGGUACCCUCCCGCCCAACCAGGGUACCCUCCCGCCCAACCAGGGUACCCUCAACCAGUCAUGACCCAGCCUGCCCCCAUGCAAACCACUAACACAACUGUUGUGGUCACGCAACCGGCUGGAGUGAUUCUUCAGCAAGGGAUGCGAGACUGGAACUCUGGUCUGUGCGGAUGUUUUGAGGACUGCUACUCUCUUUGCAUGGGGUUGUUUUGUCCAUGUAUUUUACUCUGUGAUGUGUCCCAGAGAAUGGGUGAAGGUUGUUGCUUUCCGACCUGUUGUCCUGGAGCACUGGUGGGACUCAGGAUUAAACUCAGGGCUCAGCAGAACAUUCAGGGCUCCCUGUGCAAUGACUUCUGCGUGGUCCAGUGCUGUGGAGUAUGCGUGCUGUGUCAGCUGUCACGUGAGCUGAACCACCUGGGAGUGCAUCAGUGAUUCUGUGACGUCGUUUUCCAUGAAACACAUUUGUAUCCACUAGUUGAUAGCCGAAGUACUUACAUUUUAUUAGGAAACACUUUUGGCAUCCAAUUGUUUCUUCAUAUUCUGAUGCAAAGGUUUUUAGGUUAUGUGAUUAACUUUGUAGAUGCAAAUAGAAAAUACUAUUAAAUAUGUUAACCAAAACCUUGUUAAACUGAGGAAGAUUUUGUUCCAGAAAAUCGGCCAACGUUGGUUUUUUGGCUGCGCUGCAUUCUAAGUAGUGAAAGGUGAAUGGAAAAACAGAAAUGCAUACUCUUGUAAUAUUUUAUCACCAGUUUAACAAAUACCUUUAAUGGCACGCCAAUGAGUUACUGUUAUUACUGAAAAUAAUUGAAGAGAUAAAAUAGAGGGCAGUUUACAAAACGACAUUUUGAAUCAGUACCCAGAUUUUGUUACGUCCGAUUCGAGAAAAACUUCUCAGUUUUACAUGAUUCUCUAUGUAAUAGUAGAAAGGCAUACAACUCGCAGAAAGCGCACAUGCAAUAGCCAAGCUAUAUUGUUAAUGAGAAAGGACUUUUUAAGAGCAUAAUUUCAACUGACUACGACAGUUAACACCCGCACAUGCGCAAGAUAUGACGCACGAAUCCUUGCAACAAAUUCGAGCUGAUGGUCCUACGCGUGAAACAACUCCAGGACAGACUGCGCCAGCUUCGUAUCUUGCUUACCCGCUCUCUUGCUGGUCUUCGCUGACCCAGCGAGUAAUUGGGACAGCCUAUCCAUGACUAGAAAAUCUGUACCAUUUCUUUCAAACUCAUACGACAAAUAAACCCGUUUGAAAUCCAACCUUA